AUGGCCGACCGCGCCGUUGGAGGUUUCAGCACCGCCAGUUUAGACUACGUCCCUGCCGACCCGGCGACACAUUCGCCCGCACACGCUCGUUUCCACGGCAGUAUCUCGACGAAACUACCUAAUAACUGGCGCGUAGAGCGCACGGGAUACGCGGCGUUCCGUAACAAAGACCGGGGGCUGUGGCUCUUCGGGCGGCUUUUUUGGGAUAUGGAUCCUUACUCGUACCUCGCUUUGCGGGUGAAGUCCGAUGGACGUAGGUAUACCGUUAAUAUCCAGACGGAUUCGAUCGUCGAGACCGAUAUCCACCAGCACAGACUGUAUACUCGGCAUCAUAGGGUUCAGGAGGCGUCAGAUGAGGACCUCUCAUCGCAUGAGGCGGCGGCGGAGGAGUCGCCGGAGGUGUAUCCAAGCCGUGUACCGCCUUCUCUUUCGGAUGUUCCGCCUGAAUCGACUAUCAUGUCGACGUCGACGAGUACGGAGACAGCUGGAACCACAGGUUGGGAGACGAUUCUGUUACCGCUUAACGCGUUUGUGCGCACGAACCAUGGUUUGGUGGUUGAGCCGCAGACUUCGAUCCUGCGGCAGCGGGUGAAGAGUAUUGGUAUUGGACUUACGGAUCGCGUGGAGGGUCCGUAUGAUUUGCGGAUUCAUAAGAUCUGGGCUACGAAUGGUAUGAGCGAGGCGGAGAUUGAGGAGGAGAGGCGGAUCUGUGGGGUGGAUGCGUUGCCUGUGGAUGAGGGUGUUCGGUCUGGCUGGACGCGGGAGUCUGCGCAACAGCAUACGAGUCCACAGGAGGCGCCGAAAGCGAAGAAGGGAUUGAAGGCGUUGCGUUCCGAGUGGGAUCAGUAA